UCGCGAACGGUUCGAAGGCAGAAAGAAGUCGCAGUUUGCUUCUAAUAAUUCUUAAUUAUUAUUUUUUUAAAUAUUUUUUUAUUGUUUGCCCCGAAGGAUAAACGGGAAAGAAAUUUCCAAGCAAAGUGCUUCAAAAAAUGUGGCUAUAUUUUGUGAUCACAGCUAUCCUGGCUAGCUCCGAGCUCGCCGAUGCCUUCUGGUGGCCCAAGACAACGACGGAAUCCCCCGGCGGUGGCCAGGUGCUGCAGCAGAUCCCCCUGACCUACUUCCGCACCUACACAUACCAGCCUUUGGCGCCCGGCGGUCCCUUCAGCCUGCCCUUCAUUGGCUUUGGAGCGGCCCAGGCGCCCCUGCUCCCUGGUCCCCAGUACGAUCCCUAUGCGGUGACCAGCUAUGCGGCUGCCCGGCGACACGACACGGCCUCCCGGCCGGAAGUGACUCCUCCGGUGGCGGCGGCAUUGGGCAGUACCCAACCAAGCACCAGUACCACCACCACGACCACCACACCUGUGCCCACAACGUCAACGACGACGACUACAACCACCACAACGCCGGCACCGACCACGACGUCGACGACGACGACGAGCACUACGACACCACCGCCACCUCCUCCUCCACCGCAGCAAGCUGCCAGCAGUGGCUUCUCCGAGGGAUCCUCGCCAGCCGCGGGCUCCAGCCUGCUGCGCUACGGAGAAUACCCCACCUACAGCCGGCGGGUGAGCAACCUGUACAACGCCCGGCCGCAGUAUCCGUAUCCGGACUACUUCAAUUACCAGGCGCCGCAGAACAUGAUGGCGGCAGCGGCAGCGGCGGCGGAGCAGGGCGCCAGUGGCACUCGCAUCCAGUUCGUGCCCUGCAUGUGUCCCAUUAGUGUGCCCAGUGUCGUCUCGGCCGCUUCUCCUCCAGCAGCAGCAGCCACAGCGCCUCCGCUGGCCGCCAUCACAGCUCCAUCUUCGGAGUCACAGCCGGCGGCACGGCACAUCGAAAGGCACAGCCAGGAACAGGAAGCGGAUGCCGAUGGCGAGACGGAGAACGAUGGUGAUGAGGAUCAGGACGAGGAGGAGCAGGACCAGGACCAGGAGCCGGGACAGCACGACGAGGGUGCCAGCAAAACCGAGCCGGAACCACUGGAGACGACCUCCGACAGUCCCGUCUAGGUGCUUUAAUCGAAUUAGCAGUCCCAGUCACAGCCAACAGCAGGACUGCGGCGGAGGCGGAGGAGGGGGCGGCGG